GCGGAGCCGGGUGGCGGGGCGGGGCCGGGCGGCGGGUCCUGGUUUCCUCCCUCAGCGCCAUUUUGUGGCAGAGAGACCCACAAAUAAAGGGGAGUGCUGGGGUUGCGGCGGGACUAGGAGCGCGGCGGGGCAGGCGGCAGAGCUGUCCGGCUGCGUGGGGGCCCGGGGGGCCCGGGCGGCAGGGCAGGCAGCGCGGCCUCGGCCUAUGCGACUGGCGGUGCCGGCGCGGCUUCUGCCUGAAGAGGAUUCAAGAUGACCAACGAAGAACCUCUUCCCAAGAAGGUUCGACUGAGUGAAACAGACUUCAAAGUUAUGGCAAGAGAUGAGUUAAUUCUAAGAUGGAAACAAUAUGAAGCAUAUGUACAAGCUUUGGAGGGCAAGUACACAGAUCUUAACUCUAAUGAUGUAACUGGCCUAAGAGAGUCUGAAGAAAAACUAAAGCAACAACAGCAAGAGUCUGCACGCAGGGAAAACAUCCUUGUAAUGCGACUAGCAACCAAGGAACAGGAGAUGCAAGAGUGUACUACUCAAAUCCAGUACCUCAAGCAAGUCCAGCAGCCGAGCGUUGCCCAACUGAGAUCAACAAUGGUAGACCCAGCGAUCAACUUGUUUUUCCUAAAAAUGAAAGGUGAACUGGAACAGACUAAAGACAAACUGGAACAAGCCCAAAAUGAACUGAGUGCCUGGAAGUUUACGCCUGAUAGCCAAACAGGGAAAAAGUUAAUGGCGAAGUGUCGAAUGCUUAUCCAGGAGAAUCAAGAGCUUGGAAGGCAGCUGUCCCAGGGACGUAUUGCACAACUUGAAGCAGAGUUGGCUUUACAGAAGAAAUAUAGUGAGGAGCUUAAAAGCAGUCAGGAUGAACUGAAUGACUUCAUCAUCCAGCUUGAUGAAGAAGUAGAGGGUAUGCAGAGUACCAUUCUCGUUCUGCAGCAGCAGCUGAAGGAGACACGCCAGCAGUUGGCUCAAUACCAGCAGCAGCAGUCUCAGGCCUCUGCCCCAAGUACCAGCAGGACUACAGCUUCUGAACCUGUAGAACAGUUGGAGGCCACAAGUAAAGACUGCAGUCGUCUGACAAACGGACCAAGUAAUGGUAGCUCCUCCCGCCAGAGGACGUCUGGGUCUGGAUUUCACAGGGAGGGCAACACAACCGAAGAUGACUUUCCUCCUUCUCCAGGGAAUGGUAAUAAGUCCUCCAACAGCUCAGAGGAGAGAACUGGCAGAGGAGGUAGUGGUUACGUAAAUCAACUCAGUGCGGGGUAUGAAAGUGUAGACUCUCCCACGGGCAGUGAAAACUCUCUCACACACCAAUCAAAUGACACAGACUCCAAUCAUGACCCUCAAGAGGAGAAAGCAGUGAGUGGGAAAGGUAACCGAACUGUGGGUUCCCGCCACGUUCAGAAUGGCUUGGACUCAAGUGUAAAUAUACAGGGUUCAGUUUUGUAAUAUUUUUUCAGCAAAUUUUUAUACAGUGUCAUUUAAUUUGGGAGAGGAUACUGUCCAGAAAAUUAAUGCAAACUUUUGUCACACUUUGCCUUUUUGUGGGUGUACGUUUUGGUUUUUUGUUGUUGUUUUCUCUGUUUUUUCUUUUUUUUUUUUUUUCUUUUUUUUUUUUUUUUUUUUUUUUUUUUGCUUCAAUACCUCUGCCACUUUGGAAAUUGUAACAGUUAAUUACCUUGAAUGUUGCUAAAAGAACAUUUUAUGUAGGGUCAAGUUAUUUUUAUAUGAGUUAAUGUGAAAUUGUAAAUGGAAAUUUUUCCUUAAAAUAUAACACAAUGACGUCUGUAUAAAUCUAUGUCUGUUUAGAACCUGUGCUGUGUAAGGGCAUUCUUACUCAUGCUGUUACUGUACUUAUGCACCAUUCAGACUUGUUAGAGUAGAUGUGGGUUUAUGACUGCCAAGUUUGCCCAGUACAGUAGUUUUUUAUCACUAAAAGUUGGACUCAUUGAUGGAGUCCUGUAGUAGUUUCAGUGUUAGAUACAGUUUUUUCCACCAUACAUCUGUGCAUUUUCUCUUUAGGUGACUGAAUGUUUAAGAAAUUUGUGUGCAUAGUUACUCAGUUUUUAUGAACUGUUGUAUCCUGUUAAUGCAUAUUGCUCUGUGACUCCAGUAUAUCUUACCUGUACUGACCAAACCUAAAUAAAGAUUUUUAUUGUAACUCCUUAA